GUCGUAGCCCAGUCCAACACGACAGACAGCCAUUUGUCAAUUGCCAGCAUCCGGGAGCGCUGCUAAAGCCUACAUCACGUGCAUUCGAUGGACCAAAUAGUGGAGAAAGCUCCUGCCAAGCUGAAUUUAACGUUGGAAAUAAUAGGAAGAAGGAACGAUGGUUUUCACGAUUUAAUGUCGGUAAUGCAGACAGUAGACUUGCACGACGUCGUCCGAUGUCACGUGACCGACGACUCCGCACUAACUUUCGAAUGCAACGUGAAAGAACUGAGCAACGAAAACAACACUGUCUACAAAUCAGCCGUGGAACUGCGAGACUAUGCGGUAUCAAAAGGUUGGAGAAGAAAUUCCUUGGGAGCUGCUAUCAAGCUAGCUAAGAAAAUUCCGAUUGCUGCUGGUCUCGCUGGUGGCUCAUCAGAUGCUGCCGCCACUCUGAGAGCUUUGAAUGCGUUAUGGAAACUCAAUCUUAGUAUGACAGAGCUUGUUUCUCUGAGUUUGAAAGUAGGAUGCGAUGUACCAUUCCUAGUGUCUGGAGGAACAGCUUUGGUUGGGGGCAGAGGGGAGUUGAUCACACAGUUGCCAUCUGCAGUAAUACCUGGAUAUGUUACUAUUGUUGUGCCUGAAUGGAAUCCCGACGGUCAGGGUGAAGGGUUGUCGAAGAGUGGAACUCUGUUCAAACAUAUUACGUCGGCUCACUUCUCUGCUGUAUGUGUGUCUUCAUCGUUGACCGAGAAAGUGAGAAGACGGGAAACUGUGGUUGAUGAUGAUCUAGCGAACGUAUUUAAGUCUGUGGUAAAUCAAGCGUUUCCUGGCUGGAAUUCAUUUCAUUCAAAUUUAGAGCAUGGUUGCUCUCAGCGAUUUGCAUUGUCGGGUACUGGUCCGGCCAUGUAUGCAUUGGGUUGUGACAAAACCACUGCGACACAAGCCAUGCACAUUGCAGACAGAGCAGGCAACUUUAAGGCUGUUCAAGCAUUUUGUACAUCAUUGGAAUAG